CAAAGAAUCGAAAGCCACAAUAGAGUCCAGCUUAGGAGCAAAAAAUGUGUCUGGUCCAACCAAACUAAUUAGGCUAACAAUUACUUCUUUAGAGAAAUCAAAAUGAACCACUGUAAUUUCGUUGCUUAUGCAUUAUUUGUGAUAAGAUUAUUUUAUGCGAUAUUGCAAUCUUGGCGACAAGAUGCAUGCGUCACAUUUUCUACAUUGAUGCCUUUACACGUCGACGAUGUCAAGACAACGCAAACAUCAGUUUUGAAAAAUGAUUUACCACCGAAACAUCAACGUGAAUCUACUCGCAAUAUCAUAAAAACCCCUGGUUCAAUUUAUCUCGUAUUUCUCAGAUUCCAGGAUACGAAUAUGAUCACAAAGCUCAGCCAUCUAUUUCUGGUGACUCUCUUAUCGAUCCACGUCGGUUCAAAUCGUAUUCCAAGAGAUGUGGAAGGUCCAAAGCGGGUCUCAAAUCGGAUCAAGUCGGGAUAUUCCAGCCCCGUUCAAGUGUAUGAGAAACUUGAUCUGUGGUGUUCAUUGGAGACCUCUGAAGCCACACCGGAAUCUUGCACCUGGACCAGUCCUGAUGGCACCGUAUACAAAGUGGAUGGUGACAAGGUGUCCCAAGACAAUCAUGUUGAUGAAGUGGUGGAUGGAAUAUUAGCCAAUGUCACCUCCGGAGAGUUCUGUCACAUCCAAGUCAGUAGUCUCAAGUCAGAGCAGAUCGGGGAUUGGACAUGUCAUUUGGACUUGGGGACCGGGGUUAAGUAUCAAAGGUCCACUUUGACCGUCACCGACAAGCUCCGGAUCUCCGAUGUCCGAUUGCCCGGUGAUUUGAAACCAACCACCUAUAAAGUGGCAUUGAUUCCUUUCAUCAUCCCGGACAACUUUACCAUCGAUGGUCAUGUGGACAUUAAUCUGGAUGUCGUGGAGGAAACAGCUGUUGUCAAGAUCCAUGCCAAGGAUUUGACUAUUUACGAAGAAAGCGUGGAAAUCGAUGGCAAGACAUCCAACAUCCUCGGCUUUGGCAACGACCAUGCCCGAGAAUUUUUCCUCAUCUACUUGAGCUCCCCACUCCCCAAGGGAUCCACGGUGAGGUUAUCCAUGGACUUUCUCGGGAGCUUGAGCAAUAAACUGGUUGGCUUCUAUCGCAGUAAAUACAUCUCACCCGAGGGUGAGGAUAGGUACAUUGCCACCACUCAAUUUGAGGCCACUGAUGCCCGGAGAGCAUUUCCUUGCUUUGACGAACCAGCCAUGAAAGCCAAGUUUCGAGUGCUUCUGGGACGUGUUCCAUCCAUGGUCUCACUGAGCAACAUGCCCAUUGAAAAGGAAGCCCAGCCCAUGGAUGGUAACGCCACACAUCAAGAAUAUGUGUGGGAUAUAUACCAAGAGUCAGUUGUCAUGUCGACCUAUUUGUUGGCCUUCAUCGUCUCCGAUUUCAAAUAUCGGCAAAGUGACCCUCAUCCCCAAAAUGAUGUCCAAUUUAGAAUCUGGUCCCGAGAGAGUGCUGUAAACCGGACCGAGUAUGCUUCCCAAGUGGGUCCGGAGAUUUUGGCAUAUUUCGAGGACUUCUUUGGUCUCAAGUUUCCUCUUCCCAAGCAAGAUAUGAUUGCUAUUCCGGAUUUUUCUGGAGGAGCAAUGGAGAAUUGGGGGUUGAUCACUUAUCGCGAACGAGGCUUGCUUUAUGACUCAAAUGUGUCCUCGGACAGACAUAAGCUCUACAUAGAUAAUAUCGUUGCCCACGAGUUGGCCCAUCAAUGGUUUGGAAACCUUGUCACCAUGAAAUGGUGGACUGAUUUGUGGCUGAACGAGGGAUUUGCAACUUAUGCACAAUACAUCGGGUCGCAUCAUGUGAACCCAGAGGCAGGUAUAAAGGACAAGUUUGUCCUCACUUCCACUCACCCAAGUUUCAAGUUGGAUGCUUUGGAGACAUCCCAUCCAAUUUCGGUGGAAGUUGGUCAUCCAGACGAUAUCGGUGACACCUUUGAUACCAUCUCCUACCGGAAAGGGGCCUCCGUCAUUCGGAUGAUGGCUAAUUUUAUUGGAGUGGACACUUUUAACAAGGCCAUCUCGAAUUAUCUGAAGAAAUAUCAAUUCAGUAACGCCGAGAAAGAUGACCUUUGGCAAGAAAUCACGGAAACUGCUCAUGCCGACGAACAUUUGGCGGCAAAUCAGACCAUCAAGGAGAUCAUGGACACUUGGACCCUUCAGAAAGGAUUCCCCGUGAUGUCUGUAAGUGUGGAUCUUGUGAAGGGUCAAAUGACUUGCAAUCAAAGUCGGUAUUUGGCGUCCAAGGCCGAGCAAAGCAGUCGCUCCAUUUAUGGGUACAAAUGGUGGAUUCCUGUGUCAUACACAAAGGCCGGAGGAGACUUUGUCAAUACCAGGAGCAAAUUCUGGCUCAAACCCAUGGACAAUGGGAGUGUCACUUUCGACAUUGAGGCUGCGGAAUCCGAUGCUAUUAUUGUCAAUGUUCGACAGACCGGCUUCUACCGAGUGAACUACGAUUCCGACAACUGGAAACGGAUCUCCGAGGCUCUCGAAUCUGAUUUGGAAUCCAUUCACAGGGUAAACCGCGCUCAGAUCCUCAAUGACGCCUUCAACCUGGCCAAAGUUGGACUUUUGAGCUACGAGGAUGCCUUGAUCCAAACUCAAUAUUUGUCCAAAGAAAAAGACUUGAUCCCGUGGUCGGCAGCCCUCUCUGAGUUUUCGUUCAUUGGAAGAAUGCUUAAACGAGAGAAAGCUCACGCCGAUUUCGAAGAGUUCCUCCAACGCAGUUUGACCCCAAUCUAUUCCGAUCUCGGAUUCUCAGCCCGUGAUACGGACACUGUCCUAGAGGCUGAGCUUCGGGUCAAAGUGGUUGGAAGAAUGUGUGGACUUGAUAAUGCGGAUUGUAUCAAUCGUGCCUCAGAUCUCUUUCAAGAAUGGAUGAAGAAUGGAAAUGUUAAUCCAAUUGACCCCGAUUUCAAAAGUGUUGUCUAUUGUUCAGCUCUUCGACAUGGGGAUGCCACUCAUUGGAACUUCCUGUGGGAUCAAUUCAAGAGUUCCGACGAUAAUUUCGAGAUGUCGACCAUUCUCAGUGCCUUAGGGUGCUCCAAAGAUGAAGAAAUCCUUCAGAAAUACUUGGACUUGACCUUGGACAAAAGUUCGGGCAUUCGGAAGCAAGAUGGCUCAAGGGUAGUUGGCAGUGUGGCCAGGACUGUGGUGGGUAAGGAUUUGGUUUGGAAGUGGAUCAAGAACAAUUGGGAUCAGAUUACCACAGUGUACGAUGUGUCUUCCCAUUCCACUGCUGGUGGGUUUGUCAGCUAUUGUGUCAGUAGCUUCAACAAACCCGAGCGAUUGGCGGAGGCAGUACAGUUUUACGAAACGAAGCUCACCACUCUGGGGGCCGCCAAAAAGAAAAUUGAAAUUGCCAUUCAAAAGGCAAAGGUCAAUGUUGAGUGGAUGGAGCAACAUUAUCAAGUGAUUGCGAAUUGGUUGAAAGAGCAAGUAAGCUCACAGUAGUGUUCGCAUAACGCUUUUAAGAUUACAAAUAUGUAAUUUUUGUUGUUCUCUUGUUUUAGUGGAAUAUAUUAUAGAUAUAUAUUAACCAAAAA